CGAGGACUCGGGAGGGGAGGACGCGCCGGGGCCACGGAACGACUUCAGAUCUUCUGCUACAAGGCACUGUUAAGAAUGGAAGAGGACACAGAUAGUGCAGUCGGGUUUAGUUCCUUAUGUUUUGUUAGUGAUCAUGUUGGAUUUCUGGGCACUAUAAAAGCCUCCCCAAGUGACUUCAUUGUUACCGAGAUUGAUGAGCAGGGACAAUUAGUCAGUAAGGCCAUUGGUGAAUCUGUUCAUGAAAUUAAUAAAAUACAAUCUGAGCCAAGUCAUUUUGUCAAAAAGCCAAAGCUAAAUAGUCAAGACGUUUUCUUAGAACAUGAAGGUGACGAAGACUCUGCUAACUUGCCUGGGUACGCCGAUGGUGACCAGAGUCUUCAGUCCAGCUCGGAUGAAGAACACAGUGUCAACAGUGUGACCUCUAAAUGCGAAAAAGAAAAUGUUGACUUAUUAAGUUCACUUUUAGAUGAAAAAACUCAUACGUUGCUGGAACAGUUUGCCUGUGAUGUCAAAGGGAUGUGGAAAUCACAAACCGAGUCAGUUGAAGCAUCUCUGGAAUUCUCACUAGGUAGGAUCCUUGAGAAAAGCCAAAGAGCUGUCUUACACAGUGCCGUCAGGCAGACAUUUCCUUUUUUAAUAACCGUAGGAAAAAACAGUGAAAUCCUUGUAAAGCCAAACCUUGAGUAUAAAGAACUCUGCCAUUUGGUAUCUGAAGAAGAAGCACUUGGUUUUUUCAAAUAUUUGGAUGCAAAGAGAGAAAAUUCCACAUUUACCUUUGAACCAGAUACAAACAAAGAUCACAGGAAAGCUGUGCACCAUUUUCUCAACAAGAAGUUUGGAAACCUUGUGGAAACCAAGUCGUUCCCUGAGCAGAAUCGCAGCGCUGAGAAGCCAAACACAGCCGUCACCGUGAGGUUCCGGGCGAAAGCACGCACACACGGGAAGAGAUCUCGUCAUGACGGAGAGAGAAGAAAAGCUGUAUAUACAGCUUUCACCCUACAAAAGGAAAAUCUGGAGAUGUUUGAAGCAAUUGGGUUUUUAGCCGUCAAACUUGGUGUGAUUCCUUCGGAUUUCAGUUACGCGGGCCUUAAAGACAAGAAAGCAAUCACCUAUCAAUCUAUGGUCGUAAGAAAAGUGGUGCCAGAGAGGUUGAAAAGUAUUGCAAAGGAAAUCAAAAAGAAGAGAAUGAGUGUGUUUAAUAUUCGGUCUGUGGGUGAUUCUCUGAGACUUGGUCAGCUCAAAGGAAACCACUUUGAUAUUGUCAUCAGACAUCUCAAAAAUCACAUGAAUGACACUGCAAGCCUCAGUGAGAGAGUUUUGGAGGCCAUAGACAAUGUUAAGAACAAAGGCUUUGUGAAUUACUAUGGACCACAGAGAUUUGGGAAAGGAAGGAAAAUUCAGACAGACCAAAUUGGAUUGGCUUUGCUGAAGAAUGAAAUGGUGAAGGCCAUAAAAUUAUUUCUUACACCAGAAGACGUGGAUGAUCCUGUAAAUAAAGCAAAGACAUAUUUUCUUCAAACUGAGGACGCAAAAGGCACGCUGUCACGGAUGCCUGAGUUCCGAGUUCGAGAGCGGGCUCUUCUGGAGUCAUUGCAUCGCUUCGGCGUGACGGAGGAAGGCUGCAUCCAGGCCUGGUUCUCUUUUCCCCAUUCCAUGCGCAUAUUCUACAUCCACGCAUACAGUAGCAAGAUUUGGAAUGAGGCAGCGUCUUACAGACUUGCAGCCUAUGGAUCCAGAGUGGUGGAGGGGGACCUGAUCUGCUUGGAUGAAGAUGUUGACGAGCAUGUCCCAAGCAGUAAAGUUCAUCUGGUGACCAAAGAAGAGGAAUCUGCAAACACAUACAGAAUACACCAGGUGGUUCUGCCAGUACUUGGAUACAACGUUCAGUACCCAGAAAACAAAGUAGGGCAGUGGUUCCGUGGAGUCCUCAGCAGGGAUGGACUGCAGGCCUGUAGGUUUAGAGUGCCCGCCCUGAAGCUGAAUGUACCAGGAUGCUACAGGCACAUCUUGAAACAUCCCCACAAUGUGUCGUACCAACUCUUCCAUCCUGACUCUGAUGCUAACGAGGAAGGGUCUCACGCUGAUGAUGUAACCUCAUCCCUGUCCAUCUCCUUUGAUCUUGAUGCUUCCUGUUAUGCUACUGUUUGUCUGAGGGAAAUGAUGAAAGGUGAUAUUUAAACCAGCGCCCGUGAUGGAGUCGUGUGCCUGGUUCCUCAACUGUUGUAAAUGAAUACAGGACUUUAGUGGAGAGGUUUAAACUGAGACACUGAUACUUUAAUUCAUCAGAUUCCAGCCUCUCAGGGUACUGUGAAAACUGAAGGACACAGCAGUCAAGAAGCCCAAGGCAGAGGUCCUAGAACUGUGGCUACCCUUUCUUCAGAGGAAUCAGAGGCCUAAGGCAGUGAUUCUCAACUUGUGGGUUGCGACCCCUUUGGUAACCAUCUAUCUAAAAGAUAUCUACAUUACGGUCAUAGCCAUAAAAUUCAAAAACUAUAAAGUAGCAAUGAAAAUAAUUUUACAGUUGGGGGUUCCCACAACACGAGGAACUGUAUUAAAGGGUCGCAGCCUUAGGGAGGUGGAGAACCAACCACUGGUUUAAAGCUAUGUGACUAGUUUUUCCCCUUGCUUCAGGGAUCUCUGCUCCAGUCACGAAAGUUCCAGACUUGAGAGCACUGUUCUGGGACUGGCUGCUGGGAAUCACACUUAGGAGCCACGUGGAGAGAGAGCACCCUCUCCUCUGCUUUGAAAGGGAAAGCCAGGUGACAGCAAAACCACGGUGACCGGACAAGUGAAGACCAUCUUUUCUGGUUUGUCAUGCAAGGGAAUAUUAUUUGUUCUUAAAGUGACUUUACACAUGACAUCAUCUUGGAGGAAGGCAAAGUUUUCAUUCAACUUUUUCAUACAAGUUUUUACCUGAUCCCCUAACCCUUUGUUCUGUUUUCUGUGACCCAAAGCUCAGAUUGUAGGCUGACAUCCACUCACAUCCCAUCUCUCACACACUGGAUUUGCUAUUGAUUCUUUUUGGAAAUAAAGACACUAUCAGUUUCCUAAAUUACCGUGGAAUUGUCUUUGGGUUUUAUGCUAAAAAAAGAAAACAUUUUGCCAGGCAGUGGUGGCG